AUGUGUGGUAUCUUCGCUGCUUAUAGACAGGAGUACAUUGCCGAGUUCAAGCCUAAGGCUUUGCAGUACGCUAAGAGAAUCAGACACCGUGGUCCUGACUGGUCUGGUAACGUCACCAAGAACUCGACAAUCUUGUGCCAUGAGCGUUUGUCCAUUGUCGGUCUGGACUCCGGUGCCCAGCCGAUCACCAACGAGGACGAGUCGUUGAUCCUCGCGGUCAACGGUGAGAUCUACAACCAGAUCCACUUGAGAGCGGAGUGCAGUGACUACAAGUUCAAGACCUUGUCCGAUUGUGAGCCGAUCAUCCCAAUGUACCAAAAGUUUGACAUUGACGCUCCAAAGCACCUGGACGGUAUGUUUGGCUUUGUGCUGUACGAUGCUCCUAAGGACCGUAUCAUUGCCGCAAGAGACCCUAUCGGUGUCGUGACGCUCUACAUGGGUAAGUCCUCCAAGUCCCCAGAGACCAGAUACUUUGCCUCCGAGCUCAAGUGUCUUGUCGACGAGUGCGAUGAGAUCAUCGCAUUCCCACCAGGCCACGUCUACGACUCUGUCACUGAUAAGUUCACCAGAUACUUCCAGCCUUCAUGGUGGGACGAGGACAGGAUCCCAACGGAGCCUGUCGACUACAAGAAGGUCAGAGAGACCUUGGAGUUGGCUGUCAGAAAGAGACUCAUGGCCGAGGUUCCAUACGGUGUCUUGCUUUCUGGUGGGUUGGACUCCUCGUUGAUCGCCUCCAUCGCUGCCAGAGAGACAGCCAAGGCGGCCUCUGCUGGUGAUGAAGACGACGACAAACUCGCUGGUGUUGACGAUGCUGGUCAUUUGCAUGCCCACGGUUGGAGCAAGUUGCACUCUUUUGCCGUUGGUCUUCCAGGUGCUCCAGAUCUGCUUGCUGCUAGAAAGGUGGCAUCUUUCAUCAACACAAUCCACCACGAGCACACUUUCACCUUGGAGGAAGGUAUUGAUGCUCUUUCUGACGUGAUCUACCACUUGGAGACCUACGAUGUCACCACCAUCAGAGCCUCGACCCCAAUGUUCCUGCUUUCCAGAAAGAUCAAGGCCCAAGGUGUCAAGAUGGUUCUCUCAGGUGAAGGUUCUGAUGAGAUCUUUGGUGGUUACUUGUACUUUGGCUCUGCGCCAAACGCUCAAGAGUUCCACACCGAGUGUGUUAAGAGAGUCAAGAACUUGCACUUGGCGGACUGUCUCAGAGCCAACAAGUCCACCAUGGCCUGGGGUCUCGAGGCCCGUGUCCCAUUCCUGGAUAAGGAGUUCUUGAACGUUUGUAUGAACAUCAACCCAGAGGAGAAGCUCAUCAAGCCAAAGGAGGGACGUAUCGAGAAGUACAUCCUGAGAAAGGCAUUCGACACAACCGACGAACCGGACGUCAAGCCAUACUUGCCAGAGGAGAUCCUCUGGAGACAGAAGGAGCAGUUCUCCGAUGGUGUUGGUUACUCCUGGAUCGACUGUCUUAAGGACACUGCUGAGAAGACCAUCUCUGAUGAGCAGUUCAAGAUCGCCAAACCUGAAUGGGGUGACGAUAUUCCAACCACCAAGGAGGCAUACUGGUACAGAUGUAUGUUUGACGAGUUGUUCCCAUCUAAGGCUGCUGCUGAGACUGUUAUGAGAUGGAUUCCAAAGGCUGACUGGGGUUGUGCUGAAGACCCAAGUGGUCGUUAUGCCAAGUUGCACGAUCAGCACAUCGACGAUAACUGA